AUCAACUGCAACGGCUUCACCCUCAGUGACCAAAGAGGACUGCAGGCUGUUGGUGUGGGAAUCUUCCCCAACCUCUGCCAGGCCAACCACGACUGCUGGCCCAACUGUACUGUCAUCUUCAACAACGGCAAUCAUGAGGCUGUAAGGUCAAUGUUCCACACACAGAUGAGGAUCGAGCUGCGGGCACUGAGCAAGAUUUCUCCAGGAGACGAGCUGACUGUUUCCUAUGUGGAUUUCCUCAACGUGAGCGAGGAGCGGCGGAAGCAGCUGAAGAAGCAGUAUUACUUCGACUGCACCUGCGAGCACUGCAAGAAGCAGAUCAAGGAUGACCUGAUGCUGGCAGUGAAGGAGGGAGAAAGCAAGCCCUCUGCAGAGACAGUGAAGGAAGUCACCCAGUUCUCCAAGGACACACUGGAGAAGAUCAACAAGGCUCGUAUGGAGGGACUUUACCACGAAGUUGUGAAGCUCUGCCGUGAGUGCCUGAAGAAACAAGAGCCUGUGCUGGGGGACACAAACAUUUACCUCCUGAGAAUCCUCAGCAUUGCCUCCGAGGUGCUCUCCUACCUCCAGAUGUUUGAGGAAGCAGCUGACUACGCCAAGAGGAUGGUGGAUGGCUACCUGAAAAUAUACCAUCCCAACAAUGCACAGCUAGGGAUGGCCGUGAUGCGGGCAGGAGUGACUCACUGGCACGCUGGUCUCAUUGAAGCAGGACACGGCUUGAUCUGUAAAGCUUAUGCCAUUCUCCUGAUAACCCAUGGACCUUCCCACCCAAUUACCAAAGACCUGGAGGUCAUGCGUGUCCAGACGGAGAUGGAGCUGCGCAUGUUCCAGCAGAAUGAGUUCAUGUAUUAUAAGAUGAGGGAAGCCGCCCUCAAAAACCAAAAGAUUCAAGUCAUGCCUGAGCCCAGCAAUGAGACCUCACCAAGCCUCUUCCACAAGAAGGAGUAAACCUUAAGCUUGGUACGAAUUCAUGCCUGUGGGAUGACAUCACCUGUGGCAUCUCAAAACAUUGGGAAUGUGCUAUAGGAAUAUGAGGUAUCCAUAAUGAUUGUUUCCAGUGGCACCGGUCUGACAGCAUGGAUCUGCUGAGAGAGAGUCCUGAAAAAUCUUCUAAAGGUUCAAAGCAGAAGAGAUCUUGACAGAAACAUCCUUUUUCUACCACUAGCAUGAAAAAUCAAAGCAAAAACCCCUUGCUAUAAAAUUAUUUACAUUCUUAUUGGAAGCCUGUUUCUUUCUACACAAAUCCUG